GUAUGACGAGCACCACCGUGACAAGUACUACCAGUAUGACGAGCACCACCGUGACAAGUACUACCACUAUGACCAGCUUUACGGUGACGAGUACUACCAGUAUGACGAGCACCACCGUGACAAGUACUACCACCAUGACGAGCACAACCGUGACAAGUACUACCACUAUGACCAGCUUUACGGUGACGAGUACUACCAGUAUGACGAGCACCACCGUGACAAGUACUACCACUAUGACCAGCACUACGGUGACGAGUACUACCAGUAUGACGAGCACCACCGUGACAAGUACUACCAGUAUGACGAGCACCACCGUGACAAGUACUACCACUAUGACCAGCACCAUCGUGACGAGUACUAACACUAUGGCGAGCACCAUCGUGACGAGUACUUCCACCAUGACCAGCACAUCCGUGACGAGUACUAGCACUAUGGCGAGCACUACCGUGACGAGUACUACAACCAUGGCCAGCACCACCGUGACGAGUACUGACGCUAUGACGAGCACCACCGUGACGAGCACUACAUCUAUAGCCAGCACCAUCGUGACGAGUACUACAACUAGGACCAGCACCAUUGUGAAGAGUACUACCACUAUGGCGAGCACCAUCGUGGCGAGUACUACCACCAUGGCCAGCACCACCGUGACAAGUACUACCACUAUGACCAGCACUACGGUGACGAGUACUACCAGUAUGACGAGCACCACCGUGACAAGUACUACCAUUAUGACCAGCACUACGGUGACGAGUACUACCAGCAUGACGAGCACCACCGUGACAAUACUACCAUUAUGACCAGCACUACGGUGACGAGUACUACCAGCAUGACGAGCACCACCGUGACAAUACGACCACGAUGGCGAGCACCACCGUGACAAGUGCUGACGCUAUGACGAGCACCACCGUGACGAGCACUACAUCUAUAGCCAGCACCAUCGUGACGAGUACUACAACUAUGACCAGCACCAUUGUGACGAGUACUAACACUAUUGCGAGCACCAUCGUGGCGAGUACUACCACCAUGGCCAGCACCACCGUGACAAGUACUACCACUAUGAUCAGCACUACGGUGACGAGUACUACUAGUAUGACGAGCACCACCGUGACAAGUACUACCAGUAUGACGAGCACCACCGUGACACGUGCUACCACUAUGACCAGCUUUACGGUGACGAGUACUUCCAGUAUGACGAGCACCACCGUGACAAGUACUACCACUAUGCCAGCACCAUCGUGACGAGUACUACAACUAUGACCAGCACCAUUGUGACGAGUACUAACACUAUGGCGAACACCAUCGUGGCGAGUACUACCACCAUGGCCAGCACCACCGUGAC